AUGCAUCAGCACGAGGUUAAGGAUGAACUCAAGGAGAGCAAUUCUGGGGAUCUGAAAGCGACCGCAUCGAACCGCAAUCCGAAAUGCACGCGCUGUAGAAAUCACGGCAUUUUGUCCGAUCUUCGAGGUCAUAAACAUCAAUGCCGUUUCAAAGACUGUACAUGUAUGGACUGUAGAACUGUGGCUGAACGACAGCGUCUUACGGCUGCAAGGAUUGCUUUAUUCAGGCAGCAAAAAGGCAAUGAAGCGGACAUGAUUGUAAACACGCCAGAGCUAGAUCAGAUGGAGUCCAGUCUUUUGAACGGUUGGGUGGAGGGAGAGGAACACAGAGAAGGUCGGUAUUUCAAACUUCAUACCUAAUAAGAUAUUCGACUUAUACCACAAUUCUUUUGCCUAAUUAAUUGCAUCCGCCAACUGAAUUUUACUUUGCAAAGAACUGAAUAUUAGCAUAGAACUUUAUAAGUAUACCAGUUAAGUGAAACAAGAAAUUCGUCUGAGACUCGGACGUGUCGAGAUAACUGAUAGUGAAAUAUGAUAGAAGCUUCAAACCUUUUCUAUUUAAUAAAUAUUUAUGACAAAUUAAAAUUUGAAAUUGCAAAGGCAUAUCUAGGUUUUUUCUGGCAAGAAAGCGUUUUUGAAAUUUGUUUCACAGGCGAUAAUGUUGCAAGCUUAUAAAGUCACAGAGGCAACUAUAAGCUUGCGUGUCUUGCGCUAAUGCCUACAAACCUCUUACUCCUUUGCCCAGUUCAGGAAAGAUUUCUAAUAAUUGUGCGUUUACAAGCGACGCUCGCCAAAACCAACUUUCCAGUUAUAUUUGUCUACUCGAUUAAUUUCAACAAAGUUUUAUUCACAGCCUGACUGUCAAUUGGUUGAAUGAAAAAUAUCCAUCAGAUCCAGGAAGAUUAAAUCAAAUGACUUCAGGAAGGGCACCCCUUUUGGACAUUUCCCGUUACACUGAAUCACCGAAUUGCUUUUCAUAGGACAUAUUUUCUCUCUUAGUCUGGUAAUCGGGGCCUUUGGAAAAGACUUUCCCAUUAUUGUGAAACAAAUUCUGCACUUCAUAUUUCACUUACUUUUAUAACACGGUUCCUUACUUAACCAAUUUCUCCUUCUUUUCGGCCGAGUUUAACAACUGUUGCGAAAGAACUUUGAUGGUGCCAGAAGCAAGUUAAUAUGUUAAAAUAAGACAAAAUCGAUCUGACGGAAUUCUUGAUACAGUGAGUGAACAUCCCUUUUCACUAUUUCUGCGCAAGUUGUAACAUUUCCGGCCGUUUGUCUCGAAGCUCAGUAAGACGUUGUAAAUAAACCAAUAGAAAUCCCAUAUUCAAUUUAAGGGACAGGCACCUUACUAUUAAGAAAUAAUAGAAGCAGGUAUUAUCAUCUCUCUUUGGAACAAUAUUUAGUUAAAUUACUACAGUAGGAAUAUCAUCAAAUAUGAAAUGAAGUUUUUGAUCAGAUUGUACGCUGUAGAAGUGUCUUUUCAGAAGACGGAACUAUGUUCGCGUUUUCCGGAACAGCCUUUGUGUUUUGUAUCGAAGAUCAUCUCUUUCAAUUAAAUAAGUUUGCCGAUGCACAUAGAAGAAACCAUAUUUGCGUACAGUAAUGAAACCACCCAUGUCUGAAACGCAAAUCGUAUCCUUCCGAAAAGGACUUUAAAAAGUAUGUUAUAUUUCAUUUUAUUUCUCCCGGUUGAAGCAAACUUUUUCAAGAUUUCAAGUUGAUCAGGUUACUUUUAUUCCGUUGUGUAAACUCCAACAUGGAUUAAACAAUUACUUUCAGUUUGCCGCGUUUCGCGCUUUACAGUUAAACAAUGCACAUUUGCUUACGUCGGCACUUUUUAAAUUUUAAUUUCAGAUUCUCUUUUCCCCGGUAAAGCGGCUUUUGAAAAAACAAACCAUUUUGUUUCAGAAGAUUAUAAAGCGUUUAUCAGAUUUCUGAUCAACACAUGAAAGCUUGUGGAAAAAAUGUUCAGUUUAAAUUUUCUUCCUUCUACAAGUGUCAAGUCUUUUUGUCUUUUCACAGCUGUUUGUGGUAAAUUUGUGUUUUCAAUACACAACAUGGCCUCUUCCUUUCAUAGUGAUACUAGUUCUUUUGGAGUUUUGGACGUAAAGUACCGCCCUUAACUGUAAUCAACCUUUCAAUUGUAAGCUAUUCUUUUCAUCUUUUUAAAGGUAGGAUCCUUUGUUCACGUUUCUGUGCUACAACUAAGAAACAGCGCAAAAAAAUUUGGAACAAUAAAAACGACAGGCCGCUAAUUAAAGGCACGCUUCAUUGCUUUGGUCAUUUUCAAAAAAAGGAGAAGCGAAAAUAAGAAACGCAUAAUUCUUAAGGAAAAACAGAAAAAUGAAACGCCAUACACAAGCCAGUACGUGCUGGCUGAAAACGUCCAAGUCAUAGACCGACAUAGCAGCAUUUUCAAAACGUUUCCGAAGUUGUUCACAUCCGUAAUCAAGACAUAUUGUUCUACAAUCCCUUUAUCGUGUAAUUGGUUAGAAUCACAUGUAAAGAACAAAAGCGAGGCAUUCCUUAAGUUCCUAUAGCAAUAAAGGUGUUUGCUUUGUGAAAUUAAAAUUUUAUUAAUUAUAAAUCUGUACAGCAACGUCGCUUGCCGAAACCGUGAGAACUCACCAACGCGGUGAGCCCCAAACAUAGUUUUCGCGAUCAAGGCGUUGCAAUGAGCUUAGUGGGGAAUCGAAGUCAUUUUACAAAUCGAUACGGUCAAUUGUGGGAAACGAAACAUCGUUUUUCGCCUGGUAAGCUUAUACGUAAUAGUCUUCUAAAAUCAUAGUGUAGUUCUUAAGAGUUUGCUCAAGCUAACAAUGAACGUAAAUUAAGGAAAAUUAUGUUUAGUUUCCGCUGUACUCACUCGAAAUCGGUUUUCUUACUUUCCAACGAAGUGUAGUUGUAUCCCAGAGAGUAAAUGGAACAAACGCAAGUUUUAAAUAUAUGUAGCGUCUUUUGAUGAUUUUUUCUCCUUCGUAUUGCUUCGCUAACGAGAUGCCCGGCCUUUUCCAGUUCAGCAUAUGUAAUACACCGACGACUGAAAACUUAUUCGUGGCUAGCGAAGCACAAUGUGUUUUAACGAUGGCCAUAUGCAAAAUAAUUUUAGUAUAGAAAAUGAACUUUUAUUUGGCUCUUCCGUUGCUUGCAUUUUAAAGUUUAAGAUACCAAGCAUAACUCUCUCUUACUUAAUGUUAAAUUUUAUGACAAUGUUUAAAGACAGAAAGACUUGUGGCUGUGACAUAAAGCCCAGAAAUCGUGGUUUGAAAACAGUCUGUUAGUUGUAGUUUUACUUCAACGUUUGCUUCAGAGCGAAUAUCUUUAACAGGCAAACAGAAAAUGAAAAUGAGGCUACCGAUAACAGAAGUAGAAGAAUGCCAUUGAUUCUGGUUAACCGAAUAUCAUUCAGUUUAAAAUACUGUGUUUUAAAACCGUACCUGUUUUGUUUCUGAACACGUCUUGUAUGUAGGAUCGGUCAAAUUAUACAAAAAAAAACAAAAACUUCCCAACACGAAGUACAUAAUAUUCUGCUUUUUUUUAUACGGCGCAAGGUGUCACAAACCUCAAAGUAAGGUGUGUUUAAGGAUGAAACUGCUGCAGCUGGUCGACCAAGGUCUAGUCAAACCACGAGGAAAAUUAUUUAGUUUUUGUGAGCAGGAUGUUUACGGAUAGUUAAAACAAAAACAAAACAGUUAACCUUGGGUACUCGCAUGCUGAAUCUAUAUAGAAAUCAAGACCGCGUAGUUCUUUGAACGAUAAGGCUGAUUGGUUAAAUGUACGCUUGUUUUACCCUUUCUAUAUUCGUCUCUGAUUGCGUAAUUAGGGAGUUGCUUUUGGGAGAGUUUACGGUAGACACAUAUACUCAUGGCGGACCUAUUUUUAUGAUCAUUUUGUUUCUUGGUAUCUUUCACUACAGGUUUACUAAAGCGGAAAAGCAGUGGUGUAGGAGACAACGGCGAGGCCGCAAGCCCGGAGAGCUCUAACAGUGACUACAGCAGUGGACAAUCAUCAGCAUCUAAGAGAUUACACAUGGAAUCCCCGCUCCCCACGGUAAUUCCAAGCCCCACGGAUAUCCUUACUAGGGCAUUCCCUGGUUUAUCUACCACUGUCCUAGAACACGUGUUAAAGGGCUGCAAUGGAAAUGUUCUUCAAGCUAUUGAGGUCAUUGUGCAGUACAACGCCACAAAACCGCUGACAAAUGGCAUGGUUGGUCAACAGAAUGUACUGCAGGCUCAAGCUUCACCUGACAUGAUUCCCCAGGCCUCCCCUCAUGCACAAGUUCCCACCCCUGGGUCCAUUCCCCCCAUUUUCAAGUUCAAUUACGUCAAUGGACAAUACAGAUACCUCAUGCCACCAUCUUUGAUGCCACUGGCCUCGUACAUGAUGCCCACAACGAAUGGUUUAGGAGUUCCGUUUCCACAAUUUCCGGUCGAGAUGCAAAAUCACCAAUUCAAGCCAGUAGAAAACACACCGGAAACGGAAGUAAAAAGCGAAAAUGGAAGUAGCGAGACGAAACCUGUUGUCAAUGGUUACCAUACAGGUGUGUGUAAAGGCUGCGGUCAGGAUACGAAUCCAAAUGAAAAUCUCUGUUUAGCUUGCUCGGCUUCUUUCACAAGAAAAUGA